AUGACGGCUGUAACUCGAGGGAAGCGCAAGUUGGCUAAAGAGGAAGACGAGACAUGUCAAACGAAAAAAAUACAUCUAACCGAUAAGUACAUCAUGUGGCCUAGUUCCCUGAUGCGGGCUGGUCAUACCAAGGUCGAGAUCAAUUCAACUGAUCCAACCCAUGCGGCAGUGAUUCAGAACAUUCAUGAUGAAUUCGGUAUUCAUGUGGGGCGAGGAGUUCAACUUCCCUGCAAACUCUUCCCCUCGUCCAAGUUUCGCAAUGGAAGGGAACGAUUCUGGUGUCCAGUCCACCAAGGUUCAUAUGGCAAGAUAGCUCAAGUGAAUGAAGCCAAUUCUACCGGAAUUCGGAAAUGCGACCAAGUGCACGACCUAAUUGACAUCGUCCGGGAUUCUGAGAUUCCUGUCUUUGAUUUGGGAGACUAUUUGCGUUUUAGCGUCUCAAUCGGACUUCCACCGUCUGUUAACACAGUCGAAAAGAACAACGUUGUGGGCUUACGUAUACACGCCGAAGGCAAAGAAGAAGUGAUCAAUAAGGUGUUCCCGGCAGUUUACAUUAAAAAAAUCCCGAAGUGUUUGUUUUCAUAUUCUGGAAAAGGGCUCCUGAUCACGCCUCCUGCUGCUCUGGAAGCUUUUAUGCAAAUGGAGGCUGCCAAUGUUGGCAAAGAAGACCAGAGUUCGGUUGGCCAUCGAGUUCCUGUGACACUAACCGAGGUUGUUCAAUGCAAACACUGCAAGAGCCUUCACGAAGAUGUUGGAGAUUUUUUCGGCCAGAAUUACCACAAGAAACACUUGUGCGGGUGCUGUGGGAGGGAGAUAUUUGGAAAGCCCAACAUUGGAAAUCCUCUGGGAAUAUUUGUCAAAGGUUCGCAGCCUUCUCAAGCUGAAGCCAGCGGGCGGUUGGUUUUAGACACCUCCAAGCAUAAAUUCAUGCUCUGGCCGACAGUGCGUGCAUUCUUUUCAAAUUCUUUGGAAUCAACGUUGCAAGGAGUACGUGUGAAGCUGUUCGAUGCUGAAGGCAAUGAUCCUGAAAGCGACAAAACGUAUGGAUCCAUUGAAGUUGACGGGCAGGCUUUCAAUCGUCGGAAAGCCAUGCAAGUCAUGCUGGACGGAAUGCAAGGUACAGAAAACCACAUUGUGUUAGAAAAUAGUGUUUGA